AUGGCUCUUGAGGAAGAUGUACCGGUGACACUCACGGAGGAUGAAGACUACAGUGCGGCGAUCCGGAAUGGAAGGAGUUUAAUAGGGAGACUUUUGAACCCGGAAUGUCAAAACAUGACGCCUAUGCUCCGUAUGAUGCCAAAGAUCUGGAAAAUCUAUGAACGAGUGAGAGGGAUAGCUCUAUCUAAGGAAAGUUUUCAGUUCAUAUUUGACUUGGAGACUGAUAUGCAGACGGUGAUGAAGCACAGUUUCUGGACUUUCGACGACUGGGGAAUGGUAAUGGAUCGUUGGAUGGAAUUUCCACCGACGGACUUUCUGCAGAAAGCUUCAGUGUGGAUACGUCUACACAAGCUACCGGUGAACUAUCUGACUUUGAAAACCAUAAAAGCAGUCUCCAACCCUAUUGGUCAUGUAAAGGACAUUGAGUUUGAUCCGACAAAACCGCAUCUCCAAGAAUAUGUGAGAGUGAGAGUGAUUAUGGACCUUCAACAACCAGUAAGAGAUUCUAAGUUGGUGAACCUGCCUAAUGGAGGAAGUACUACAGUGGACGUGGAAUAUGAAAGAGUGAGAAAGAAGUGUUUCCAUUGUUUCAGAUUGUCUCAUGAGAAGCAGAGAUGUCCUCUGGUUAAGGCCCAGAAAAAUGCUGAGGCCUCUACAGCAGAGAAGGGGAAAGCUAUUGCGAUAUCCCCAGUGAUACAUCGUCAACACAACCAUGACUUAGUAGGGUCGUUAAUGCCUCUACUGGCACCAUCAGUCCCUCCUGGUUUCGCCCCCAAAUCCAUUGUCGCGCCAGAGGUGUUUGAGCAGAUGCAGCUUUAUAUGAACUGUACUGAUCCAGAGGAAAGACGCAUUAGAGAGUUCAAGAUGAAAAUGGCGUUGCAAGAUCUCUCAAUGAACCCUGGAGCUCAAAGCUCAUACCUUCGUUUAGAGGAUCCCCCAAUGAUAUCUGGAGUCCAAAACAAGAAUAUAGGGCGCGGCGCGUCUUUGACUUCCGAAUGGCUGAAACAGUGUAAGAGAACUCUCAAACAGAAGGUGUAA